CCUCAUCCAAUCAGCCCAACAAUACUUUUCACUUCUGCUUCUCUGGGGUAGUCAGCAGGCACAUGACCUGAGCCAUCUGAUGUCUCUGCUCGCCUAGGAGCGUGGACAUACUACCACUGGACUUCCACAAGUCACUUUCACAGUUCCCCGUUAAGAGCGUAGAAAGUCACACAUGGCUCUUGCGCAGGCACAGGAUGGUGGCGAAAAAGGGGAGAGGGUCAACAAAGAAACUGGUGAACUGAGUGCUUCAGGUGAGUUAUCAGUCUCCGAAGAGUUGCAUGAGAAGAAAGCCGAAGUCCGCUAUCAGGACCCUCUGCCUUCUGACUUGCUACGUGAGCAACUGCAAGAACUUGAGAUUCAAUGCUCAUGUUUGGACCAUAAAGUUGACACAAGCCUUUCAGCAAAGAGGCAUGAGCAUCUAGUCAGAGUCCUUCCUCUCUACAUUCAGGUGUGUGAGAAAGGCGGCGGGCUUGAUGGGUUAGACUUAAAGGGACUUGCAGUUCUCACGACUGACACGGUCAUCCAUAACAUCCACUACAGGCUAGCAGAAAGGCCUGCAGAAGAAGCUCGUGAAGAAGUUGUGAAAUUUUUCCAGAGGGACCAUGAGGAGACAACUUGUUUGGGAUGGCUGCUGCUUAAAUCUCUGUUGCUGCUAACUGCUGACAGCUCUGUGAUAUUGUCAUCAGUAAAUCCAGAACUUCCUGCUGUUUUUGCGAAAUGUUUGUACCUGCUUGUGUGCAUCCCACCAAAGGACAACUUGACCAUGGAAGAGAGCUUUCAGGAGCUUCUAACACAAGUUCUUCUCCAACUAUGUAGGUAUCCAGUCAAUGUAGAGCGGCUGGUAGAGACCCAGGAGCUGCACUGCCUUAUUAUUGGGCUUACAUCACUUUGGGACCAGACCAGCAUCUCGUGGAGACAUCAGGCCUCCCGCAUCCUUAAAGCGGUUUCCUGUACAGCCACAAACAACACUGUACCAAAUUUACUUGGGAAAAACUGCAUUCGCAUCUGCGUUCAAAAUCUGUCACGCAUCAACAUGGAAGUGUCUGGCGUGCUGUUAGCGGAGGUGGCCGUGGCUGUAUUCGGCUUCAUUCGAGACACGUAUCCUCUCAAUCCAGCUCUCUUCACUGAGUUUGACUCCCACAAUGGCUACAAGGCCCUGGAGAACAUUCUUAAACGCUGUGAAGCAGGUGUGUCAGAGGAUCGGUUCCAGCCUGUGGAGGAGCUGCUGGCACUCAUCGCCUCAUUUACCCUGCUUGGCAAAACGGAACUCAAAGUGGCUCUUUGUGUCAGCCACCCUCAGCCUCCAGGCUUUAAAUUUGAGCCGCCCCUCAACAAAGGUUCAUCAGUAAAGAACAUGCCUGCCUUCCGUUUGCUGCACGCCUCCUUGCUUCAAUCUGACGAUGUUCUACUGUGCUGCCAAAUCCUAAGAACUAUUCAGAUGAUUUGGGAGAGAGACAAAGCCAAUUUCUUUCUCUUGGAGUGGACCACCCAGACAAUGGCCCAACUGGCCGCAUGCGUGGGCCGCAAACCAGCAGCGGUCCAAACAAUGUUCUUCUCAAUGCUUGAGAUGGUGAUCUUCAAACUAAACUACAUCCCUCAUGAGGCAUUGCGGGUUGUGCUAGGUGUCUUGAAACAGAGCUGGUCAGGGUCAGUGGCUGCAGCAGUGAUGGGAACACAGUUUAGAGUGGCAACUCUGGCAAGUUUUCACAGGAUGACAGUGCACAGUGGCAUGCUUGCUGAGUUGCUGAGUGACUGGGGCCUUUUGGAGUUGUUGCUUGGGGAACUUCGAAGGAGAGCAAAGAUCAUCCGGAAGGCUGGAGUUGUUUCCCCUCUACAGUUAGAUGCCGAGCAGCUACCAUGCGUUGAAGAUGCAGACCAGUCGCUCACUACUUGUAUGCUCCAAGUUGUGUCCGCUCUUACUCUACGUUCAAUCAAAAACACUGUUACAGUGAGAGAGCUGGGUAUGGUUCCAUACAUUAAGAUCUUCCUGGAUCAAGCUAAGUAUCGUGGUCCCACACUCUGCAUUUUGGAGCAUCUCGCUGAGCUGAACCCUGAAGAGUUUAUGAGUACUGCAAUUGGAGCCCUCUGCUCCUCCACACAACACGAACUGGCUUUGAAGAGGGACCUGCUAAAGUCUAUGUUAAAGGUGCUGGAGAUCCCAAAUAGUUUGGACGCUUUCCGACGGGCUGGUGGCUUCACUGGACUGCUCUCACUCAUACUCGACAUGGAAGGCGCUCUGGCCGACCCUCCCCGGGGAGAAGUGUGGCAGUCCAUCGGUCAUCGACCAUUGCUCGACCUCCUUUUUCUCACCCUGCACAUCUUGUCGUCUGCCGUGCAUAUGCACGUGGUAAAUGCACACUUUGUUCAGACCAGCGGCUUCUACGAAAAGCUGGCUGAAGCUCUCCUCCAGCUGGGCUGCUUCCACAAUAGAAGCAGGUGGGAGGCAGAUAAUGGAUGCCUUACCAUGACUGCAGUGGAACAACAUCCUCUUGGAAGAAGCUUCCGUCAGUUUGUUGAGUUAUCAGAAGAGGCACCUUCACACCACUCUUCCAAACUGUCUGUCACUCUUCGGAGCUGCAUUAGACUCCUUUCUUAUCUUGACCACUUUGCUACAGGCCUCUGCUCCCCUGUAGAUUUUCAUUUUGGCCUAGAACCCGAGAACGGCUGUGAUGGGGACCGAAAGAAACUGAAUGCAACAUUGGGGCAUGAAUGCAUGCGUUCAAUAUCGCCUCUUGCCCACAUGGAGCCGGUCCAGCAGUCAGAAGAGGAAAUGCUUGGGACCUGUAGAACCACAGAAACCAGCACAUCCACAGUUUUCGAGUCUCAUUCUAGGUUCACCUAUGAUCGUCAUAUCAUUCAACCGGGAGCUAUUCGAGUCAUUGUGAUUCUCCUUCCAUUCAUCUUUACACCCGAGGACAUCCAGCUCUCAGUGGAGAUCCAGCUUGCAGUGGCAAACCACAUUCAGUCAGCAGUCAAAUCAGAGCGAAAUCGUCAGAUCAUGUGUGAAGGAGGGCUUCUCUCUACACUCCUGACUCACUGUCACAGCAUGCUUCUAACUCCAAGUGACCCGUUACAUCUAACUGUUACACGGAUCCUGGAGAAGCUCUCAUCACAGGCCAUCACACUGUCAGAUUUCAGAAAAUUUCUGUGUUUAGCGGACCCUCUUAUGUGCUCGGCUGACAAAGCUGGAGUUCAUUCAAAACCAGAGUGUUCUGCUUCAGAUUUCAGCAAAAAGGCAGACAUGAUGACAGGGUCGUCAGUUAAGCAGAACUUCAGCCUUUUACAGUCUACAACUUGCAGCAAAUCAUCUGCUUGUUCCGCCAUUCCUUCCCACCAGAUCAUCAGCAUGGUGUCCAUGACAUCACCUCGCACCUUCCGCCCACAUCGGACCUCUGUCACGCCAGCCUUUGUGGAGUUUGACAUGAGCGAGAGCGGCUAUGGUUGCCUUUUUCUGCCUUCCCUGGCUACAGUGAAGGGAGUGACAGCCGAUUCCAUCUCAACUGGAGGAAUAGGAGGAAACUGCCGGGAUUUCCCUCCGACAGCGGGUCUUUCUUUUUCGUGCUGGUUUCAGAUCAAGAGGUUUAGUUCAGCGUGUGAUUCCCACCCAAUUCGACUCCUGACAGUUGUGCGGCACAUGUCGCGGACGGAGCAACAGUACAUCUGUUUGUCUGUCUCCUUCUCAGCCUAUGAUGGCUGUCUAGUCCUCUCCACGGAGGAGGAAGCAUUUACUUACUUGGACAUGAUGGAGUCAGAAGUGAGCACGCCGACCUCUUUGCCUACCUCGCUGAGGUUCCGUUGCUCCAGUUUGUUGGUCCCAUCUCAGUGGCACCAUCUUGUUGUCGUCAUGGCCAAAGAUGUAAAGAAAAGCUGCGUAGUUUCUGCCUACUUCAAUGGCAAAGCACUGGGGACUGGAAAGAUGAAAUAUAUACAGCCAUUUCCUGGCAAGUGUGUCUCCAUGGACCCCACAGCUGUUAUUGACAUUUACGCUUUGAUUGGGACACCCACACUUUGGAAGGACCACGCUGCUCUAGUGUGGCGCAUUGGACCGACUUACCUUUUUGAGAAGGCUUUGAGCCCUGAGAAUGUGGGUGUCAUUUACAAUCAAGGCACUGCCUAUCUGGGCAAUUUUCUGGUUCUGUGCAACAAAGCUCCAGAAGCAGAUUCUUUUCCGCUCCGGUUGGUUCCAGAGGAAAGGAUCAUGUUUGGCAUCAACCCUGCCGUUUCCACAUUAACAACUGUUGUAGACAUAAAACAGAACUACAAUGAGGUGGACUCCAGAUUGAUUGCCAAAGAGCUAGGGAUAACGUCGAGAGACCAGUCCACUCCAGUGUUCCUGGCUCGUAACAUCAGUCAGCACCUGAGUGGGACUGCACGCACUAUUGGAGCAGCACUGAUUGGGCAUUUUGGUGUCCGCACAUUCAUCCCCCAAAGUGCUGCUGAUGGGUUUCUGUAUGUGGGUGGGCCUGCAGUUGUUCUCAGUUUAAUUGCAAUGGCAGCAGACGACAGCUCCCUGUAUGCAGCGGUGAAGGUUCUUCUCUCAGUUCUGGAAACAAAUACUACCAUGCAGCACGAAAUGAACCGCAUGUGUGGUUACAAGCUUCUAGCGUUCUUGCUGAAAAUGAAGAGUAACAUGGUCAGCCACAGAACCUUUCAACUGAUUCUGUAUCUCUCGAGUUCCAUGGAGCUGGGCUGUGGCUCAGAGUGUCUGCAGAACACAGCUGCUUUUCAGGCGCUGCUGUUGGAUCAGGAGGUGUGGAAGAACACGUCUGAAAAUCUGGACCUCUCAGUCCUGAGCCAUUUUGCUGAAAUCUUGACGUCCCCAAGCUGUGAGAGUGGGAUUGCAAUGGUCAUGCACAGAAUGGGCGUGUUACCGUGUCUACUUUUUGAGCUGUGUGACCCUUCUGUGACCUACCAGAAAGUCAAGCUUAUUUGCUGUGUCAUCACGUGUCUCCUAAAAGCUCAUCUCACUCCUCUGGAUAUAAGCAGACUUGGGCUCUUCCUCAUCUACACUCUCCCUCCUCUCUGUAAUGCGGUUGAAAACCAUGCAAUCUCUGAUUGUGAUCUUUCCCAAGAUACAAAAGUUCAGAGUUCUACUCUUGCCAGCCUCAUCUGGAUGCGCAACCAGCUGUUACUUGUUCUUUGUGACCUCCUUGGCUCAGAAAGCCCUCUGAUUAAAGAUAGGCAGAAUAUCAUCUAUGAUACCCUGGGCAGCGAUUGGGUCCUAUUUUUUCUAAAGCCACAUCUCCAUUCCUCUACUGUGAAACUGGGUCUCAUCCUUCUCACACAUUUCCUGUCCUCCUUGACACAGCAAAGCAGCUUCAGGGAGGCAGUGCUUCCCGGAAGCUUCUUAAGCAACAUGGAGGAGCCUUUUGCCAUUAUUGACAACCUACGUGCACACACUUGGUCAUAUGAAUGUGCAAGUGCUGCAUGCCCUGGUUUUGAUGUCCUCCGAGGUCUUCUGGUCAGGCACUUUCAGCUGCCGCAAGUCUAUGAAGCUCUGGGUGCUUUGCUGCUGGGAAGGAGCGUCAGCCACUCUACAAACAGAGAAGAAAAUUUGGAUGAAUCUCUCCAGUCGUUGAUUAAAAGCCAAGCAGACAAUCCUGCCACACAACUCUGCACGGAGGCUGCAACAUUACUACUCGAACUGGUCAAAAUCAUUAUCACGCAACAUCGACCAGGUACGAAUGCAUCAUGGGAGUUGAAGCUUACUGCAAGCGUGAUGCGAUUCUUCAGCGUGCUGCACAACCUUCGACCCCGAGACCCACUCUGGGCUUGCAUGGAGUUCCUUCAUAUACUUGUUGGUGUUAUUUAUCCCUUGCAAAAUGCUGAGGGAAAACACAAGCCUUGUAUAAUAACCAAAUGUGAUGACGAACUCAGGAUUAAUUCACCUAGGAAACCAGUAUGUGACUUCCUCCGUAUUCUCCUGAUGGACAGUCUUCUAAAUGUCUCCAGCAACACGCAUCCUGUAGUGUUACUGGUGGAGUUCUGCCCAGAUGGAGCUUCAAUGGAGCAGAGGCAGAGUUUCCAGACGGAGCUGCUGGAGUUCAUCAUGGACAUCAUAUCCAUGCUCAGCAAAGAUAGAGAAAACAACACUCACCUUUUAUCACCAUGUUCUGAAGGGGAGAGACCUGCAGGCCAGAUGUGCACAUUAAUAGGCAAUGUGUUGCUCUUCAGUAAAGUCCUGGUACAGGCACUUUACAACGGAACAUUCCUGGGGGCCUCUGAAAGUUUGCUCAACUUCCUUGCUGAUCAGAUAGUAGUGGCCCUGGAAAGAGGACAAGCUCACAGAGAGAAAACAGUGUCAGCUUUCUACUCCUGCACAAAUAAGGUCCUGCUCUACUUCCUGUCCCAACCCAGACAUUCCAGAGUGGAAUUGGAGGGCAUCGUGAAGACAUUUGAAACAAUCAAUGAUCGCUGGGAUGUUGUCUUGGCAACCUACAAUUCAAAUGUCAACUUUAUCACAUGUCUUCUAUAUUGUCUGCUAUUAAUUGGAUCUGGCAGUUACCCGGAAGGCUUUAUGUGUGUGGCCCAAAGGGUGCCCAGCAAGAAAGUUUCAGCCACCGUCUUUUACACUAAAGCACAACAUGAAGUAAAUAUAGAAUCAGGAGCAGCAUUUCCCAGCGAUGACAGAGAUGUAGUGUCCUUAGCCAAGGCCUGCUGGUCCAAGGUGAUGGCUGAGCGACGGCACACCCUUGAAGAAGCGCACAAGAUUGAGAUCUCAGCCAGCCACAGUGCUCAGACGGCACCAGUGAAUAUGACCGACAUCAGCCCACUCUGGGAGGAGACGGCACACAAAAUCUGGCUACUGUACUUAGAGGACCAGAAGCAAGCGGCGGCUGGCAGCGCACACAAAAAGUUUGAUGUGAUCAGCAAUGCAGUUCGUAUUGCUAUAGGCAGGCUUGACAAGGAGGCGGUUACAGUGGAGGAGUUUCUGUCUUAUAUGGAGUCACACCAACAAAGGGGCAACAAAAUGUUUGAGAAUAUGAGGACAAACCAUUUACAGUUACGAGCCAGUGAGUGGGAUCGGGUCAACUCUCAAUGGCUGAAUGUCGAGGCGGAACUGCAGAGGGAGAGAGCCGUGUUUGGGCCGAGUCCUGGCGUGCUGCUCGGCCACAACUGGGUGCAAGACAGUGCUGAAGGGCCCAACCGCACCAAACUACGCGGACGCAGAAAGGACCAGAGACGAUCCAGAGGGGUACAUGAACAGUCUUACUUAACAAAAGUGCUAGGAGCCCUGUCUCUGGGUUUGAGGACAUCUGCAGAAAGCAACAACAGGACAGAAAGAGACACAGUGCAAAAGAUUCUUUGCGAAAUUGGUGCCGAGGUUCAAGAAGAAGGUGAGGAUGGAGGUCAGGCUUGUGAUCAGCUAACCUUCUUUCCUGUUUUGAAUGAAGCACCUGCCUCUGAAGUAGACUCCUUGACGUUUGAGCCCUGCUCCUACACGCAAACCUGCGCUGACAUACGCAUCAUACUGCAGGAGCUACAUCCAGGAGAGGAGGUCAAAGCGAAAAUGUGUGUUGUGAUGGUUAGCGGCCUUAGAGUGACGGAGGGAGUGCUGCUGUUUGCCCAAGAGAGUCUGCUCUUGUGCCAAGGAUUCACUCUGAGUGCAUCUGGAGACGUUUGCUGCAGGAAGCACCACCCCACCACUGUGAGGAAUUCCUUCAUCUCCAGCAUGCUGAGUAAGGAAUCGACGUCAAGCUGCAGACGCUGGCUUCACAAGGACAUCAAAGAGGCCAGAUUUAUGCGGUUCUUGCUAGAGGACAAUGCCAUUGAGAUCUUGAUGAAAAAUGGCCACUCAGUCUUCUUGGUUUUCACAAAUAAGGAUCAUGUCUCUGCAUAUAAAAGGUUGUGCAAGGUGGUGGUGUCAUUAAAAGGCAGAGGUGUUUCUGACAUCAUCGCCAAUGCCAGGAAAACAUCCAUAGUUGAAAAAUCAACCCUCGUGAAAUGGCAGAAAGGGGAGAUAAGUAACUUUGAGUACUUGAUGCAUUUGAAUACUCUUGCUGGGAGGACAUACAAUGACCUCAUGCAGUAUCCAGUGUUCCCCUGGGUUCUAGCUGACUACAAGUCAGAGGCGCUGGACUUGUCAGAUCCAACAACAUUCCGUGAUCUUUCAAAGCCAAUGGGUGCUCAGACGGAGAAAAGAAAGCAGAUGUUCAUCCAGAGAUAUGAAGAAGUUGAGAACAGUGGGAGUGAAGGAGGUUUGUCAGCACGAUGCCACUACUGUACCCACUAUUCCUCAGCCAUCAUUGUGGCCUCUUUCCUUGUUCGCAUUGAGCCUUUUUCUCAAACCUUUCAGACGCUGCAGGGAGGAUUUGAUAUCCCGGAGCGGAUGUUUUAUAGUGUAAACAAGGAAUGGGAGUCAGCCUCUCGAGAUAACAUGAGUGAUGUCAGAGAGCUGAUUCCGGAGUUUUUCUACCUACCAGACUUCCUGCUGAAUUCCAACCACUUGCUGCUGGGCUGCAUGGAGGAUGGAAAUGCUCUUGGAGACGUGGAGCUGCCGGCAUGGGCCAAAGAUGACCCUCAGGAGUUCAUUAGAAUCCAGCGUGAGGCCUUAGAAAGUGACUACGUGAGUUCUCACCUCCACUUGUGGAUUGACCUGAUCUUUGGGUACCGACAACAAGGUCCGGCUGCUGUUGAAAGCAUCAACACAUUCCAUCCUUACUUUUACGCUAAGAGAGGCCGUCAAGAUGAUAAGGAUCCACUCAUUAAGAGCACUAUAAUGGGAUAUGUCAGCAACUUUGGCCAGAUUCCCAAACAGCUCUUCAACAAACCUCAUCCACCUCGUAGCAGUACAAAGAAAGACGGGCCAACGCCGCCUCAUCCAACUCCAUUUUUCUUCAAUCUCAACAAAUUAAAGACGGCUGUAGAACCGUUUAGAGAAAUACCUAAAGGUCCAGUAGGCCAAAUAGUGUGUCUGGAAAAGGAGGUGGUGGUCCUGGAGCGAAACAGACUCCUGCUGUCUCCAUCGUUGAGCUGUUUUUUCAACUGGGGUUUCCCUGACAACAGUUGCACCUUUGGAAACUACACAUUCGAAAAGACGUUUGCCAUGUGCGAGAGUUUAUGUGCAUGGGGUCCAACAAUGUGUGCUGCCAGUCCCAACCCAAUGACCAUCAUCACAGCGGGAAGCAGCACUGUGGUUUGUGUCUGGGAUGUGAUGUACACAAAGGACAAAGUCACCCACAUGAAAUUCAGGAAGCCACUAUACGGGCACACUGAAGUUGUGACAUGCAUGGCCGUGUCUGAGGUCCAUAGCUUGUUGGUGAGCGGUUCCUGUGACCUCACAUGUAUCUUGUGGGAUUUGGAAGAGUUAAGCUACAUCACGCAGCUGGCGGGACACGCAAGCAGUGUCUGUGCAGUGGCAAUAAAUGACCUCACAGGUGAGAUUGCAUCAUGUGCAGGGCCUUUGCUAUACCUGUGGACGAUUAAAGGUCAACUGUUGGCCUGUACUGACACAUCCUGUGGGAUACAGGCUGACAUCCUUUGUGUGAGCUUCACGCAACGACAUGAGUGGGACACCAGAAAUAUUGUAGUCACUGGCUGUGCAGAUGGCAUCAUACGGAUAUGGAGGACAGAGUACACCAGAACACAAUUAACUGGCCCUCCAGAAGAGCCCGCGUCCCCAGGGCGAGACCCAACAGCGCCGAUAGAGAGCGCCGCGGACAGCUCGCAGAAAGUUCGACGAUGGAAAAGACGUCUGGUUUUAUGUCGUGAGCUGAACAGAAAUCAAGCUGUAUCGCAGCAUCGCAGCAAAAAUAAUCCAGCUAUCACGGCAUUGGCUAUGUCUAGGAGCCAUGCGACGCUGUUGGCAGGAGACGCCUGGGGUCGAGUUUUCACUUGGACAUGCGAGUGAACUCAUCUGUUGACUUUAUCUUUUUUUUUUUUUUUUUUUUUUUUUGGAGCCCAUGACUUGAAAGUUGAAAUGUAAUGAACUGUA